AUGAAUGUUGAAAUUACUAGCGUUGGUUCAUUUAUCCCUUCAAAAAUUAUUGACAAUAAAGAGCUUUAUCAAAAAAUCUCAAAUUUUGAAUUAGAGAAAGCUAAAGAAUCACUUCUUAAAAAAAAUUUCGAUGUCACCUAUUCUAGUGACGAGGAAAUUUUCGACACUUGGGUAAGACAGGUAUGCGGUAUUAUCUCCCGACCAUUCAUUUCAGAAGAAGACGAAAUUCAUGAUUUAGGAAAGGAAAAAAAAAUCUUUGUUGAAUUGAUGGCCGCAGAGGCAUCCAAAAAGGCUAUUUCAUCUGCUGGUAUUGAUCCAGAUAGCAUCGACCAAAUUAUUUUUUCAACUUAUAGUUCCAGUCGAACCAUGCCUUCUCCAGCAACCACACUAAAAAGUCUUCUCAACUUGAAACGAGCCUCAGCCGUGACCAUGAACGGGGCUUGUAGCGGGUUUUUAGAUGCUUUAAUAGAUGCGGCAAUAAAAGUUGAAUCCAAACAUUUUGAAACGAUAUUAGUUGUUGCCUCAGAAAAUUUAAGCGACAAAAUGGAUUUUAAUGAUCCAAAAUCCUCUAUUAUUUUUAGUGAUGGAUCUGGAGCUUGCAUUAUUCAAAAAUCCAAACAACAGGGUGUUUUGGGAUUCGCUUCUGGGGUUACCUUCAGCGAACAAGUCUACAUGGAGAGAACAGGAAAUAUUUUCUUUAACAGUGGACCACUGGUAGAAAGAAAUGCUGUCAACACCAUGCACGGGAUUGCUGUUAAAACAUUAAAAAACAGUCAACAAAGUUUUGAAGAUAUUCAAUACAUCGUACCCCACCAAGCCAAUCUGAGAAUUUUAAUGAGUUUUGAAAAAAAAAUCCAAACUCCGAACACUGUCAUUCUCAAACAAAUUGAAAGACUGGGAAAUCUUUCCAGUGCCAGUAUCCCUGUGACCUUGGAUUGCUUUCUAAGAGAGUUCAAAGAAAAAAAAGAAAAAUUACACCUUACAGAAAACCAUUCCAAAGAUUAUUCCAAUCUCGAAUAUUUAAAUUUCUUAUUUAUUUCAGUAGGAGGAGGAUACACCUAUAGUGCUCUCAGUACAAAAAUCAAAAACCCUUAA